AUGGAUUUGGCAGACCUGUCAGAUGCCAUGAUCCACCUCACCAACGUGGCUGUACAAAAGCACAAUGACCACUAUGAUGAAAAGAGAGGUGGCAAAUGGGAUUUGCGUGCACUGAAGCUUCAUUUGAUGAUGACGGAAGAUCCUGAGAAAGUGCACCAGCUCUUCAACGACAUGCAAGACGUCAUCCGCUUCUCCUUGCUCUCAGCCGCUUAG